AUGCCAGAGGGACAGGAUGUCAUCCAGAAGGACCUGGACAAGCUGGAGAAGUGGGCCCAUGUGAACUUCACGAGGUUCAGGAAGGCCAAGGGCAAGACCCUCCUGACGACUCCUCCAGUGAAGAGAUCCCAAAGGGUGGAGUCCAAAGAGAAGGGUCGUUGGAUCUGUCAGACCGGAGACAUGCUACGGGGAAGAUAUGAGGUUGUUGCUCCUCUGGGUGAAGGCACCUUUGGGCUCGUAGUCGAGUGCAUGGAUCACCAAGAGGGCGGCAGGCACGUGGCAGUGAAAAUAGCAAAAGACACCGAAAGGGAGGGGGCAGCUUGUGUAGAAGUGCAAGUGCUGCAGUAUCUAAAGACACUGGACCCCAGCAGCACACACCACUGCCUCACAAUGUUAGACUGGUUCAAGUACCGUGGCCACAUCUGCAUUGUUUUGGAGCUGCUGGGGAUCAGCACUGCCACGUUCAUGAAAGCAAAUGGCUCUCUGCCCUUCAGGCUGGGCCACAUCAGACAGAUGGCCUACCAGAUCUGCAAGGCUGUCAACUUGUUGCACGUGAACAAGUUGACACACACGGAUUUAAAAUCAGAUAACAUCUUGCUCAGGCCAUCGGGAUACACAGAGGAGUACAACCCCAGCCUGAAACGUCUGGAGCGCAGACUGAAGCACCCAGAGGUCAAAGUGGCAGACUUUGGGAAUACGACGCCUGCCUGUGAUUAUCACAGCCAUCUGAUCACUACAAGAGCCUACAGAGCUCCUGAAGUGAUCCUAGGCCUGGGAUGGUCACAGCCCUGCGACGUGUGGAGCAUAGGGUGCAUCCUGCUCGAGUACUACCUUGGCUACCCAGUCUUUCCGGCCCUCGAAGACAGAGAACAUUUGGCAAUGAUGGAGAGGAUCCUGGGGCCGUUGCCAAGUCACAUGAUCCACAAAACCAGGAGAGGCGAGUAUUUCCACAAGGGCCGGCUGGUCUGGGACGAGCGCAGCUUUGCUGGGAUGUGCGUCUCAUGGCACUGUAAGCCACUCAAGGCGUUCAUGAACUCCCAUGACAACGACCAUGAGAAUCUCUUCGAUCUCAUUGAAAAGAUGCUGCAGCACGACCCAGACCAGAGAAUAACUUUGGAAGAAGCCCUCAAACAUCCUUUUUUCUUCCCAAAACAACGGGAAAAAAGGGCGCCGCCUCCCAGAGCUGAGGAGGCUGACACAGGUGUCAGUCCUCCAAAGAGGUACGGGGAGCUGAUGCAAGGACCCCUGCAUGGCCAUUACUGCAGCAAAGCAUUUGUCCCUUCCCCUCAGCCCCACUCCGAGGAGGAACACUUCCCAGCACAGCGGGCACUGGCUAAGACUGGUGAACAGAAUCCCACAGACUGUAACCUGGACACGGACAGGUUCAGACGCUGA